AUGAAUGAUGAGAACCUCUCUGCCUUCUAUUCUAGUUUGCUGACGAACUUGCAGAAGAAGGGAAGAAGAUCCAACGACGUAGCGGAAGCGGUCAACAAAUAUCAAGGACUCGUGCAGAAGGUGAAGGAUCAUGGGGAUCGUUUGUCUGCAUUACUUGUCUCAAAGAGACGGCUCACGGAGAAAAAGUCUGUCGAGAGAAGUGUACAUGCGGAAACAUCUACCGGAGAAGCGACACCAGACACGAAGUGGCCAUCUUCACUUGUAACCAAAAAGAUCAAGUAUCAAUACUCGACCAAGCAGAAGUACAGUGUGCCUGCACGCCGCUACAGUGGCAUGGACGGAGCGCAGUCUAUGUCAAGACGUCUGCAAAAGCAUGCGGUGGACCCGCACACGCUAGAUUUGGAUAUUCAUAACUGUGCUUUUCAAGUCCUGCAUCAGAUCAUCCAGAAGACCCAGCCCAAGCCUGCUCUGCCCAAGGAUCUGGCGGAUGUGUUUGAAGAGGUGACCACGAAGCGGGCACCGCCUGAGAACUUGAAGAAAAAUGAAGCCAUGUCAUCGCUGCAGAAGAUAUCACUGUAUAUCCGCUGGGUGGCUAUGAAUCUUCUAUAUGACGAUUACAUGUCCCUGAAGGAGAACAAGGAUAAGACUUUCCCGUCCGCAAGCAUUAUGUCCUUGAUGUGGCAGUCGGUAGAGGAUAUGAUUGUGCAAGCAUGGGCAGAGCAUGUCAUUGCAUUGAAGCCAAAACACAUUUCUCUACAUUUUGACGGUAUCCGCGUGUCCAAGGAAGUGGCAAGUAAUGUGGAGUCACAUAUUGAAGAAUGCCAGGAGGUAAUCAAGGAGAAAACUGGCUUCACUGUUAGUAUAGUGAGGAAGACACACGGCACCUUCAGAGAACUGGUGGCGGAACGCGGUGCAGCCGAUGAGGAGUCGGAUUUCAGCGCGGAAUCCGAGAAGGCUACAUCAUCGCGUAAGCAUUCUGAAGAUCCGGAAGCGCCGUUAGUUAUAGACGAUGGUAUUCUGCGCAUGUUAGAAGAUGAAGUCAAAACCCUGCUGGAGCAAGCCAAGAAACCAAAGCAUCCGGUGAAUGGCAGACAUCAAUGCCCUGGAUGCCCAUUCCGGUCAUUCAAGGAACGCCGCCGGCUAAGGACACAUCUAGAGAAAUAUCACGUGCUCAAGAAUCAGUACGUGUCGUCAGGAACAAAGCAGUUGAAGGUUAUAUUGGCUCUGUAUGAUCAUGCAGCGUCCUCACAGCAAACACCCAGCAAUUUACUUCAGAAGAGUGCAAGUCUCAUCCGAGAUAGCGUCAAGCCGCCGCUACCUGCAUCGAACAACCUUAUUGACAAGCAGAUUCGUCUAAUACAUGAUGCGGCUGGGCCUCGCUAUGUAAAUGUAUGCCAACUGGAGGAUGAGCUACAUGUGAGAAGGGUAAGGAACAGAUACUAUACAAAGGCCUUUGGUGAUCUCAUCCUGAAAGAGGCGGUGCUUUGCUACGCUCAGGCUGACGAACUUCAACAUUUGUGUUUCAUUAAAGUGUACUGA